AUGACGAUUACAAUAUCAUCGAGAAAGUCAAGUUCAAAUAAGAAAAUCAAUCGAAAUACUCAUGGAUUACGUGUUAUCGGUGCUGGUCUACCACGUACAGGAACGACGUCAUUGAAAGCUGCAUUGGAAAUUCUUGGAUUUGGUCCAUGUCAUCACAUGGUCGAAUUAAUAGACAAACCUGAUCGAAGUUUGCAAUUUAUUCGAGCAUAUCAAGGUGAACAUGUCGAUUUUUAUGAAUUAAUGGAAGGUUAUGGUUCAACAGUCGAUACACCAACAACUGAUUUUUAUAAAGAACUACAUCGCGCAUAUCCUCAAGCAAAAAUUAUCCUUACAGUACGGGAUAGUAAUGAAAAAUGGUUCGAAAGUUUUCAAAAUACAAUCGGUUCACUAAUGUCGAAUCGAUUUCAUGUUUUCUUAACGUAUCCUCUACGAAGUUUACGAUUACUCAUGAAAAUUGGCGACGAAAUAGGAAAGAAAUGGAGACGAGAUUAUGGUUGCAUUAGUCCGUCGCUUCACGAACAACACAAUCGACGUGUAAUAGAUGAAAAUUCACCAGAUGAAAUUCUAGUCUACAAUGUUAAAGACGGCUGGGAACCAUUGUGUAAAUUUCUACAAGUGAACAUUCCUGAAAACGUUCCUUUCCCAAAUAUUAAUGACACAAAGCAGUUCAAGCGUAAAGUGAAUUCUGGACGACUUGUGGGACUUUGUUGUUGGCUCGCUUUAGGUGCAAUACAAAUAUUUGGAUUAUGUCUGUCUCCUGAAGCUUUAUGUGACGGUACUAUCGACUGCGAUGAUGAGCGAGUAUGUACAGUAGCAAAUCAGUAUAGAAUUAAUGAUUGUCUAAAAGUGUCGUUAUUCUGGAAAGUAUCACAAACUCAAAAAGUUUUAUACAAAAGUGUACAAAAAAAGCAAUUAUCAUAUCCUAUACAUUUUAGUCUUUGGGAAACUGAACCAUCAUACAAAAUUAUUUUUAAUGAAUCUGACCGCAUUGGUGAUAUUCUUCCACAUGUUCCAUUAAAUAAUCCAGACAACCAGUUGGCCACUGCAUACGUCUGUUCUCUCCUCGUUACUACAGCGAUCUACGUUAAUAUCAAAAUUAACGCAUUAAUCUCACCUUUCAAUUUCGAUCAUUAUCAGAUUCAAUACAAACAUCUUUCGUCACAUUUAUUCUAUUUCUUGAUGACAGCCAUCAGCGAAGAAGUCAUUCCUAAGAACAAUGUUACUUAUUUAUACAUAAGAGAUUGUGAAAUGCACUUUAACAAUUACUUAACAUAUUCUAUUCGAUCGAGAAACAUCGCAGGAAAUUACGUGUCAAUAUUUAUGAAAGACUCUCAUUUCGUUAUCGCGGCAGUUUUCCAUUUCCAAUUGUUUCUCGAAUAUUACCGAUUCAUCUUCGAUCAUUUACUAGCGAUAUUCCACGGAAUAAUUGGAUCAAUGAACCUUGCAACAGCCAUCGGUGCAUUCACAGAAAAUGUGUAA